AAAAACAGCAAACAAUAGAAUUAUAUUAUUUAUCAAUGCAAAGACGUACAAAAUUUCGCUAAACCUUUAAAUAAGCCAUAAAUAUGUCUUUUGACGUGAGCUGGGAUGUCAGUAAAUAUCGAGAAGAGCACGAAAGCGAAGAACAUUGGUUAUUGCGGAAAGCUUUUAUGGAACGGUGGAAAAAUGACUAUUCUGAAGAGAGAUUGGUCUGUUUGGCGAGAGUGUUCUUCAAUAUCGAGUUUAUGGGCUGCAGAUACCCUACGGAGAUCAUGCAGGAGGUUGCUAGGCUAUCACAAGACGUGGCCCAGCAAUACCGAAAACUGAGGAAAUCUAAACUCCAAAGAACUUUCGUAUCAGCAUCCGAUGCAGCAGAGGACAGGGCAAAGGGUGUAAAACGUUCAGGUGGAGUCAUUAUAGAUAGUCCAGCUCCAAAAUCAACAAAAAUAAACUUUGUGCCUCAAGGACAUAGUGUUACAAAUGAGAUUACAACAAAUGUCACAAACAUAUCUGAUGAUGAGACAAAUGAAAAUGAUGAUUUACCAAAUGCAUAUCCUAUACAGAAUAAAACAAAAAUAUGCAAUGAAAAACUAAAUGACAGUAACAAUGAACCAAAAUCGAAUCACAAAGACAGUCUCAACAAGACAGGGAUGAUACAAAGCUUAGAUCCUAAUGAUUAUUUCAAGGAGAUGCUAAACAUGAAAUGUUUGGAUAUAAGAAGUUUUACAGACAGGUUGUUCAAUUCAACUUUUGGAAGAAUGGUUUUGCUGAUACGGCCCUGGAGUUCUAAAUUUGGAAACAUUCAAAGCAGUUGUCAAGUGUGUCACAUACCGAUAACAAGUACAUAUGAAAAUAACUGUUUCUCGCUGAUCAUAAAUGAGUGUCUAGUAGCACAGGCCACUGGAUCAAGCAAACCCGAGGCACGGAGUGCAGUUGAGGCCAUGGCGUGGAAUAGGUUAAAAGGAGAAUUAGUGAGCGUACUCAUAAAGGAGCAGUGGAUUGCCCAAGGGGACAGGAUAUCUGUUAACGAUGUUUCGGGCAAAAAACCAGAAUUUGGUACGCCUGUGGAUAAUAGUGUGGCCACGAAAAUGAUGAAACUCAUGGGUUGGAAGGGAGGUGGAUUGGGUGUGGAUUCCCAAGGCAUUGCCGAGCCUAUCAAGCCACAUCUGCAAAUGGUAAACCGCGCUGGUCUUGGAAGCAACACGACCGACAUCCGUCAACUGCGCAGAGCAGGAUUCGAGCUGAUGCGGCGAUACAUUGCUUCCGACACCUUCGACGUAGACCUCGUAUUCAGCGCUGACUUCAACAAGGAGGAGCGCGCUGUCAUGCACCAUUGCGCGCAGAAGACUGGCUUGGCCUCCAAGAGCUAUGGCGCUGACGUGGACAGAUUUCUCGUGGUGAAGAAAAAAUUGGAUCCAUUUUCGCUGGUCCGUGCCAUUGUAGAAAAAGGCGGCAAUACAACGAAGUACCAAGUAUUUUUACCGACAUCGCUACGAGAAAAUAGAAAAUGAUUUUAUGUUAAUAUUUUUAAAAUA